CAAAUUCUCAGCUCAAUCCUGGGAGGGAGCCCCAGAAGAUGCCUGUCUGGGAGCAGUGGGUGGGGGCCCAGAGAAUAAGGAACCCAAGUGCUUAGGCCCUCCCUCCGGCUGCAGACCUCAGCUGGGCUGGGCGCGGCGCGGGUGGGUAUAAAAGGGUCAGUAUAUAUUGAGAGGAGCGGAGAGAGAAACCAGGAGGGUGAGAAGGGAGCGAAAGAAGGAGGUGUAGGCAGUGAGGACUGGAGAGACAGGAGGCAGAAGGAGAGAGAAAAAGGGAGGAAAGGAGGGAGAGAGAAAGAGAGAGUUCCGGAUUGAAGGGGAGAAGGGGGGAGAGAGCCAGAGGAGAGAGCGAGGGAGGGAGGAAGGCGGCGGGAGAGGCGAGAGGCGGGGGCCUCGAGAGGGUGGAAGGAGGGAGGAGAAGGGCGGGGCGCGGAGGCCCUAAGCAAAGGACGAGACUCCAACUCUGACUUUUUCUGCCGCUCGCGGGUCAGGACUCUGAGGAGACACUGCUGGUCCAACUCACUCCUGGACCCGAGUCCACCCCUGGCCUGCUUCAACCCCUGGGGGAUCCAGGAGUUCAGGCCCCCAGCCUCCUCCCCGCGCAGACUCAAAGAGUCCGGGUUCCCGGCCCCUCUUCUCCAUCACGCCCUGGAGUCUGGACUCAGCCCCCUUCUCCACCAGGAUCCGAGGGGGCUCAGCCGCCCCUGUCCCAACCUCCUGAAACAGCCAUCUCCUGACAACUCCCCAUCGCCGGCUUCCACGUAGCCAUGUCCCUCCUCCUGCUGGUGGUCUCUGCCCUUCACAUCCUCAUUCUCAUCCUGCUUUUCGUGGCCACUUUGGACAAGUCCUGGUGGACCCUCCCGGGGAAGGAGUCCCUGAACCUCUGGUAUGACUGCACAUGGAACAAUGACAACAAAACGUGGGCCUGCAGUAACGUCAGCGAGAAUGGCUGGCUGAAGGCGGUCCAGGUCCUCAUGGUGCUGUCCCUCAUCCUCUGCUGUCUGUCCUUCAUCCUGUUCAUGUUCCAGCUCUACACCAUGCGACGAGGGGGGCUAUUCUAUGCCACUGGCCUCUGCCAGCUUUGCACCAGCGUGGCCGUGUUUACGGGGGCGCUGAUCUACGCCAUUCACGCGGAGGAGAUCCUGGCGGAGCGCCCGGCGGGGGGCAGCUUCGGUUACUGCUUCGCCCUGGCUUGGGUGGCCUUCCCCCUCGCCCUGGCCAGCGGCGUCAUCUACAUCCACCUGCGGAAGCGGGAGUGAGGGCCCCGCGUCGCCCUGCAGACCCCUGCCCGCUCCCGGACCCUCGGUCUCACCCCGAAGCCCCGGCCCCGCCGCGUCCUCCAGAAAAUAAAACCAAUAAACCGUUUAACCGCC